AUGUCACGGCUUGCGGAGAACCUGACAACACCGUCUUGGAAUCCAGCCCUGAGACCAGAGGACGCGCCAGGUGCUUCGGUAGCCGAGUCGAUUCAAGCGCCUACGAUGGAAUCGCCAUUUCCGAGCGAAGAGACCUCCGCAAAUGUAACAACAACGGAAGAAAACCCCAUAGACUCGAAAGUUUCUACGACAGACGAGCGCAAUGAAAAUGCUGCUCCGACUGAUGAGCUUCCCGAUCCAAACGUUCCUUCGGAGGAGGUACUGACGGAUACAUCACCUGAAGAGACCAAACCGCACGAAAUCAAUUGGGACAAGGAGACUAGUGUUACUUGGGACUUGCAGUCACAGGAUCCGUUUUCUCGAGAAGAUAUCGCCGGACGGACGAAUUCUUUCCCUCCGAUGGAAAAUAAGCUUGAGGCCGUUGACGAUGAUGAGCCCUUGGCGAGCCAAGAGGAACCCAACGCGCCCGAGCCCCUUCAUGGCUUGCGGAUUGAGGAACAAGGAGAGCCAGAUCCAGUUUCCCAUACAGAUUUGGGCGAAAGCAACAACGGUUUCUGGGAAGCAAAUGGAAAUAAUGUAGAGGAUGACGAGGAUGGGUUUUUCGAUCAACUAAAAACGCAGACAAAACCAAUCUAUAUACCUCCGGAAGCUGAGUCCCGUUUUGAAGAGGGGGUUCCUUUGGUGGAAAACGAGCCACAUCCCCAACCAGAGAUUGCGAAUCAGAACGAGCCUCGCCUUGAUGAUGUUUUUGCUGACGACGACGGUGAUGACUUUUUCGCAUCUACAACUGCAGCCGAUGCCACAACCUCAGAGAUACCCGCAGUUACCCGGAAAAGUACACACGAUGUCCUCGGUUCGCUCAAUGCUAGCAUUCCAGAUUCUCCAGUCGAGAACCCUGUUGCGGCCCCAGGGGUAAGCGAAGAGGAAGAUUUGGCGGCAAGGUGGGAAGCAGAGUUGGACGAUGAUGACGAUCUGCUUUUGGAAGAUGAUAGUGCGCACCAAACGCAAGGACAAGUAGAAGAACCGCAAGAAGUGGAUUUGCCAAAUGGAGUUUCAGCGGCCGACUCUUGGUCGCAGCACGGAGUUCCACAACCAGCAGCAACUUCGAAUUAUGCGAAUCCAUACGCUCCACACCAACCUUCCUCAUCUGAGCUACUCCAGGGAUUGCCAAAUGCCUACACUCCCGCAGCAGUUCCAACAGCGACGCCAUUCGGGGUGCUUCAAAACCAGCCCGAUAGUCAACCCGCUCCGAAAUCACAAAGUUUUGUGGACCAAGCGAGGGAGGGAUACAAGUCACCAUACGACCUCCCUGAGUCGUUAGCACGAUCACGAAGACCAGCAGCACCGCGCAAGACUGUACCUCCUCCUUCAUCGACCACGCCGGGCCCCUCUCCUAGCAUUCCACCCUCGAGUUUCGCCCCGGUUAUCAACCCGACGCCAUCGCAAACAAACGUUCCAAGCCCUGUGAGCAGUGCAACUUCUGCUCCUAAGAACUUUUUCGAAGAGCUACCUCCUCCCGUGCCGAAGCCACGCCCCGCAAGUCGUACCAGUGGAUAUGUUCCUUCGCCGGUAGUUGCUUCGAAUGCCCCCGUUCCAAAUGCGCCUAUAGUCCCAUUACCUGUAUCUUCAGCUCUGUCUCCCGCGCAGCCUGCUUCGGACAAUCUGUACCAGGAUCAACUUCAGGCUCCCGAACGCAUUGGCCCCUAUGCAAACCUUAACGUCCCAGCGCCACCAGCGGGGCCGGGCAUUGGUCCUCGGUAUUCUCCAAAGCCACCUAGUGUGACGACGAGCAAGUCGCCAGUGUAUCCUCGCUACUCACCAGCACCAGCCUCUUCUAACGCUCCGUCGACAGCUCGACCUCGUUACGUUUCCCAACCUUCCAACCUUCCGUUUCAGCCGCGCACCUCGAGCCCGCUCGCCCAUCAUGAAAAAACGGCUUAUGAAGCACAGCAGCGGCAGUCGCGGCCUUCUACUUCAGCUGGGCCGUCUUCAUUAGCAUAUCCCAUGUCAACAAAUCACGUUCGAGGAUCGUUUUCAGUUCCCACUACUCAGUUACCAGCUGAAACGACACAAGAUUUACCUCCAGAUUCUCAAUUGUCGAUGUCCGCUUUCAAUGCGCAGAAGAAUCCAUACGCCCCCGGGUUUCCUAGCGAGCCACCUCGACGUUCAUCAACCGAAUACUCUUAUCUUCCUGGUACAGGUACCGCUCAAUCUCAUAUACCGCCUAUCUCAAAUGAUGUCGGCUUCGCGCCUCCACGAAGGUCACAGACACAAUCGCCAGGCAAACAGUCAUUUGGAGCAAAUCCAGUCAGAACCACAAUAGAACCUGUUCAGCGGCCUGCUUCUGUACAUGCGCCUAGUUCUCCAACCAAAACCUCCAACAUUUAUACCAUUCCUUCGGUAGCCUCAGCUACCAGAGAGAUUCCAGAACUUAACUUCAUGCCACCCACAGAUGGACGGGAGUUGGAUCCAUUGCAGCGAUGGAAGGGAGCUCCUGUCUUUAAAUUUGGCUUCGGUGGAAUGGUAUCUUCAUGUUUUCCCCAACAUAUUCCCCGGUAUACUGCUGGUCAGAUGACUCCCAUGAUCCAGCCUGCCCCUGGGGAGGCUAAGGUGCGCCAGUUCAAACAAAUUCUUCCUUUUGAUGGAGAUAUUUUGCAAUAUCCUGGUCCGCUCAAGGUGAAGUCGAAAAAGAAAGACGUCAUUGCUUGGCUAUCCAGUCGAAUUGCUGCUCUAGAGAACGAGGGUAUGCCAUCCUCGCUACAUUCGGAGCCCAAUGGAUACAAGAGACACGACGAGAAAAUUCUUCUCUGGAAAUUGCUAAAAAUUCUGGUUGAGAAUGAUGGUGCCUUGGAAGGGUCUAAUGACAUUCAAAAGUCAUUAAGAAGUAUCGUAUCACCAGAGCUGGAGUCGACGAAUCAAAACCAAGCAUUUGAUUCUGGCGUGGCAUCGGGGUCAUAUCAGUCGGCUGACGGUUCUCUAUCACCGGAGCCUAUUGCAUCCAAUAUCCUCGGACACAUAAAGAAUGAUCUCCUGGUUGGAGACCGUGAGAAGGCUGUCUGGCGAGCAGUGGAUAAUCGCUUGUGGGGUCAUGCGAUGAUUUUGUCCUCAACUCUGGACAAGGCACUUUGGAAGCAGGUGACACAGGAAUUUGUGAGAAGAGAAGUGCGCUCUGCUGGCGGCAAUAUCGAAUCCCUAUCCGCUUUGUAUGCAGUUAUCUCUGGAAAUAUCGAAGAGAGCAUCGAUGAACUCGUUCCUCCUUCUGCUAGGCUUGGAUUGCAAAUGGUCAGCAAAGAAGGACAGGGCAUCUCCAAGAACGCCGUAGAUGGAUUGGAUAGAUGGCGCGAGACUCUUGGUUUGAUUCUAAAUAAUCGCAGUGCCGGUGAUCACCAAGCACUUUCUGCCAUGGGUCAGUUGCUAGCGUCAUAUGGCCGGAUUGAAGCAUCGCACGUAUGCUACUUGUUCGCUAAAGCCUUCUCGCAGCGUCCCAUCGUUGGCGGAGCCGACGAUCCUCAGAGUUCAAUCGUUUUGAUAGGCACAGACCACUUGAAAUACUCUACCACAUUUUUCCGUGACGAAGAUGCAAUUGCUCUGACUGAAGUAUACGAAUUUGCAACAAGUGUCUUGGCAGGCAAUACGGCAGCUGCUUUGCCAUAUCUGCAACCAUUUAAAUUGCAACAUGCCUAUAUUCUGGCCGAGAAGGGCUUUAGAAACGAAGCCCUGCAGUAUUGUGAGGCAAUCGGCAGUGUGCUCAGAGCAUCCACCAAACCUUCUCCGUACUUUCAUCAGCGUCUGUUCGCCGAAAUUGACGAACUCGCAACACGACUAAAACAAGCCCCUGGUGAUGGCAGUUCUUCCUGGAUGUCUAAGCCAAACAUGGAAAAGGUUUCUGGAUCUAUGUGGGCAAGAUUUAGUAGCUUUGUUGCCGGAGAUGAGAGCGACGGUGCUUCUAAUGGCUCUAUGAUGGAUGCUGACGUUGGUCCGUUUGCAAAAGUCACUGAAGCGGCUACUAUUAGCCGGCCGCCUUCAGUCUCUGACGUGUAUGGUUCAUAUCCAGCAGCACAACCGGCAUCCAAUGCAUUCUCUCGCUACGCACCAGCAAAUCAAUUCGCUCCUAGUUCGUCGCCUGAGCAAUAUCGUGGACGAUCUUCUAUGGAAUCUCAAAGGUCGCCUUCGAUUGGCGUGAACUAUAACCAAAGACGAGGCUCCCAGGAGCCCGCCACACCGGUGGACCCUACUAGUCCUUAUAACUAUGCAUCGUCCAACAACUAUAGCUCGCCAACUUCGUACCCGUUCCAUUCGACUCCACCACAGUCUUCGUACGUACCGCUUGCGCCUGUGGAGGAAGAUUUACCUACACAACCACAACAACCAUACCCAGCCGCUCCUCAGAAAUCAGCACUUACGAGUGGAUUACAGGCUUCACCAGAGAGAUUCGGCCAGCCCCUGACCGAACAAAAGGAUGAGGUAGUAGAAGCCGAAAUCCCGCAUUAUGGUGGCUACGAACCGCCGAGCAUGUCAUCUUACCAGCCACCUUCAUACGAGCCAGAUUUCGGUGUUGCCACCGAUGGUCCCGCACAGGAGGAAGCUGAAAAGGACGAAUAUGAGCCUAAAAAGAAAUCUUUCAUGGACGACGAGGACGAAGAUGACCUGGCCGCCCGAGCAGAAGCCAUUCAAAAAGCGGAGAAAGCUCGACGUGACCGAGAAGCGGACGAGGCAGUCCGCAAAGCUGCCGAAGCAGAUGCACAAAGAGCCCCGGCCCCCAAGAAAAGCUGGUUCGGCGGCUGGUGGGGAGGCAAGAAGGACGGAGAUUCAUCUGGUGGACCUAUUCGAGCCAAACUCGGCGAAGAGAAUUCAUUCUACUAUGAUCCGGAGCUCAAGAAAUGGGUUAACAAGAAGGAUCCCAAUAGCGCAACAGUCUCUGCGCGAGCAACUCCGCCACCUCCCAAGGGUCCUGUACCUCAAAGCAGAUCAGUGAGUACCAGCAGUAUAAUGCCUGGGCCGCCUGUUCUGCAGCGUCCACCGUCUGUGCCCCAGCCAGGAACAGCCCCAAAUAGUCGACCAUCAACGGGUGCCGGUGCGCCACCGUAUGGAACGAGCGCGGCUCUUGACGGUCCAAAUGGACUGCCUCGUGCUGCGUCUACGACUCCCGCCGGCGCAAUCCCACCAAGUCCGAGCUUGCAACUACCUCGGCCUUCUACUACUUCUCUAAGCAAUGCUAGUUCGAUUGACGACCUACUUGGAGCGCCACAAGCACGCAAGGGCGGUACUGUGAAGAGCAAGAAGAAGGGGCGAGGUUAUGUUGAUGUGAUGGCCAAAUAA